UCGGUUGUCUUCAAUGAGCUUUAAAACCAGUGCCUGCCAGAGACAUUUUGCUGCCUGUGAGCUGCAGCCAAACCGUAUCUGGAAGGCCCGCAAAUUGCCCAUCGCUGCUUUAUUCCCUCAAAUUGUGUGAAUUCAGGGUCUCAGUCUGGCUCUGGUCCAGGAGAGGGAUUUUACAGCUGAGCCCAGUUGUAGUGAAUGAGAAGGGAACGGCUCUUCACUAAGCAGAUGCUUUGAGUCUUCUAGCAUUCUGGAAGCUGGCUGAGCCUAUUUGUUUCAGCCAUUUCUACCUCAGACAAAGAUGCAAGGCUCCACUGGACACCAGAAGCUUUUAAAGAAGCAACGCAGUAGCUCUUGUGUUUCAACCUCUGCAUCUCAGGGUGGAUCAUCUCCAAAACGUAAAAAGGUCCUGAACAAGGAAGCACUGGAAUCCAAUUCAGAGGGGCAGGGAAGUGGACCUAAAGGAAAAGCCAAGGAUCACUCCAGUUCUCUGCUUCCUCUAAAAAUGUGGAGUACCACAGACUUUGAAUUUGGUAAGCCACUUGGUAAAGGAAGGUUUGGAGCAGUCUAUCUGGCCCGGGAGAAAAAUACUCACUUCAUCCUGGCCUUUAAAGUCAUAUUCAAGUCUGCCCUGGAAAAAUCUCAACUAGAACACCAACUCCGAAGAGAAAUAGAAAUCCUAAGUCAUCUCAGACAUCCAAAUAUCUUGAGGAUGUACAACUACUUUCAUGAUCAGACACGGAUUUUUCUGAUGUUGGAAUAUGCUCCAAAGGGGGAACUCUAUAAGGAGCUACAAAAGAAAAAGCGCUUCGAUGACACCAGGACAGCAACUUAUAUGGAAGAAAUAUCGGAUGCUUUGAUGUAUUGUCACGCUCAGAAAGUGAUCCACAGAGACAUUAAGCCAGAAAACCUCCUGUUAGGAUUAAGAGGAGAGCUGAAGCUGGCAGACUUUGGCUGGUCGGUGCAUGCUCCCUCACUAAGAAGGACAACGCUGUGUGGCACCACAGACUACCUCGCUCCAGAAAUGAUAGAAGGGAGUCCACAUAAUGAAAAUGUUGAUGUGUGGUGUGUUGGGGUCCUUUGUUAUGAGUGUCUUGCAGGAUAUGCACCAUUUGAAGCACCGACCCGUAUAGAGACAUUCAGACGAAUAAGAGAGGUUAAUUUAGAAUUUCCACCAUGGAUGUCUGAUGGAGCCAGAGAUCUCAUCUCCAAAGUACUUAACCGUAUACCAUCUUUGAGACUUCCUCUGCAAGAAAUUAUAAAACAUCCAUGGGUUAAGUCCAAAUCCAGGAGAAUCUUGCCACCUGUCUUCAAUGACCUUGAAGAAUGAUCCAUUGCACCGCAUCCCAAAAGAUGUUAAGAUGUAUCAGAUGGCUCUUGUAUCUUUUUUGGACUGCUGAACAUUGUGAUAAAUAACAGCUGAACAG